ACGUGUGCGGGAGGGAAGCAGGAAGUGACUGCGGGAGCGGAGCCGGCGCGCGAGCGGCCGCGGGGCUGAUGGAAGUGCAGUGGGGGCUGGAGAGGGCACCCUAUCGUAUCCAGCAUGCUCCAAGGCCACAGCUCUGUGUCCCAGGCCUUGCUGGGAACCUUCUUCACCUGGGGGAUGACGGCAGCUGGGGCGGCUCUCGUGUUCGUAUUCUCUAGUGGACAGAGGCGGAUCUUAGAUGGAAGUCUUGGCUUUGCUGCAGGGGUCAUGUUAGCAGCUUCCUAUUGGUCUCUCCUGGCCCCAGCGGUUGAGAUGGCCACGUCCUCGGGGGGCUUUGGCGCCUUUGCCUUCUUCCCAGUGGCUGUCGGCUUCACCCUCGGAGCUGCUUUCGUCUACCUGGCUGACCUCCUGAUGCCGCACCUGGGUGCAGCAGAAGACCCCCAGACGGCCCUGGCACUGAACUUUGACUCUGCAUUGCUGAAGAAGAAGUCUGAUCCCGAGGGUCCCACGCUUCUCUUCCCUGAGAGUGAACUUUCCAUCCGGAUAGACAAGAGUGAGAACGGUGAGGCGUAUCAGAGGAAGAAGGUGGCAGCCGCCGGCCUUCCGGAGAGCCCCGCCCCGCCCGUGCCUUCUCGAGGGAACCCCGCGCAGCCCGGCGGCGGCAGCUGGAGAAGGAUUGCGCUGCUCAUCUUGGCCAUCACCAUACACAACGUUCCAGAGGGCCUUGCUGUCGGAGUCGGAUUCGGGGCUAUAGAAAAGACGGCAUCCGCCACCUUUGAGAGUGCCAGGAAUUUGGCCGUUGGAAUCGGAAUCCAGAAUUUCCCCGAGGGCCUGGCGGUCAGUCUCCCCUUGAGAGGGGCGGGCUUCUCCACCUGGAGAGCCUUCUGGUACGGGCAGCUGAGUGGCAUGGUGGAGCCCCUAGCCGGGGUCUUUGGUGCCUUUGCCGUGGCGCUGGCCGAGCCCAUCCUGCCCUAUGCACUGGCCUUUGCUGCUGGCGCCAUGAUCUACGUGGUCAUGGACGACAUCAUCCCUGAAGCCCAGAUCAGUGGUAACGGGAAACUGGCAUCCUGGGCCUCCAUCCUGGGAUUCGUGGUGAUGAUGUCACUGGACGUCGGCCUGGGCUAGGGCUGAGAUGCUUCAGCCCCCAGAAAGACAGCACGAGGAGGCCUCCAUGGUUGGCUUCUAUGGGACCACAAAUCUCUUCCUUCACAUUAAAACAUUUUUCCUUUCUCUCCUCAUCUCAUUAUCCUGAUUAACUCUGAUUAUACUGUGACGGUUUUUACUUUGCUUUCGAGGGAAAUAUUGCUUUUCUUUGAAAUUUCAAGGUGUCGUGGAAUUACAAAUUUUUGUUUUGGCCACUGAAUGAAAUCCUUCUUCAGUGGGAUUAUCGAGAACAUAAAGAUCAGGGAAAUCUCUGCUUUGGAACCUUCAGUCUCCCUCACUGGACUCGUUGACAACUUCUCACCUACUGAAGCAAGCUACCAAGAGAAGUCUCCCAAGUGCUUUGGCCGAGGGACUCCGAGCCAAAUGGCAGCUCAUCCCUCAUCUGCCCAUCCUGUCCCUUCCCUGCUGAUCCUCUGCCCACCCAGAACACCAGAACCGAACAUCAUGAACGUGGCAACCUACUUUCCAAGACCCAGCCAGCCCAAAGAGGAAUACACCUUCCUCUCCCUCCCCCAGGGGAGAUACCGCCUGGGAGGGGGACACGGACAAAGGGAAGGAAAUCAGUCGUCUUUUUUUUGUUUUUUCCUAAGGCAAAGAUUGCCAUUAUUGAAGUUAAGGGAAUGCAGCCAACUGUGAACACACAGGGAGUCCUGUGAAAAGCCAACAGAGUGUGGCUUUGAUAGGAGGUGUCCUCUGCUCUCAGUGGAUUCCAAGAGCAAAGUGGUUUGUCAUGGUUUCCAAAUCCCCUAGGCAUUUAUUUUGAUAAGUGUAUAGCCUUCAUUUUUCUAAGAGACAUGGGAACACCAGCAAACUGCUAGAGCUCAAACUCUUCAUGUACUCAUGGAGGGAGCCACUUAAGUUAAGCAAAUGAAAGACAUUUGGAAUCCGCAAUGGAUCCUUCCCUGUUGACCGUCUGGUAACAUGUAACCUGACCAAGAACCCUUGAGCUUCAGCAGGCUCUGCUGGAGUCUAAGCUUAGGAUGGAAAAGGAAGAAGGGUAGGAAAAGAAACAAUAUUUUUACAUUCCCCUUUAAGGUAAAUUUUAGCCAACUUGUCAUUCUGAAAUGACUCUAAAAAAUGACUUGAACCAGACUAGAAGCCACCCUCCUCCUUUAUACACAUAGCUUUUCUUCCAACCAGGGUGAUGACCUGUCUCCUUCAGACACAGCUAAGGCCAGCCAUCCUCACUGGUCAAAGCAGCACAUGGGGCCUUGCUGGGCUCUGCUGAGAAGGCGGGCAGCCCCAGAGCCAGGUAUGCAGGCGUCGUGUAGUCAGCGCCUGCCCUCUGAGUUUACAUGUUCAGUUGCUUCCAAGGGUGAAUCUCCUGCUCUGCGAAUGCUCUAGGACCCCAAAGGCCAACCCUGGGCUGGGUCUAUGUAUGUUCUUCUGAAGCACUGAUGAUCAAAAUUGAAGACACGUUCAGAGGUUUGAUUGGUCGAGAUUAACUAGUUUGGUGGUGUAUGUGUAUGUUUUAAUUUUUAUGUCCUUGUAUGUAGCUCCACAUAAUGCAGAUUGUGCUUUCUGAUGGACGAGACCUCAUAACUGUGAUAAAUAUCAAUAAAGGGGAUAUUGUUGUGGAU